AUGGGCCUCAGAAUAUCUCUCGAGCAGACGCGCUCUGUGUCUCAAGGAUUUGUUGCUCAUCUCGAAGCGGAAGCAGAAGCGAAUGGAGAUACUACACCUGUGCCUACAGUUUCCGAGGAAGCACAGAACGGGGAGGACGAGGAGGACGAGGAGGAAGGCGCCGAAGAAGAGGAAGACAGCGAAGACGAUAUCGAAAUUAUUAUGGAGCCUACCUCUCGAACCCUUGACUUUCGGCAACAAACCGGUCGGGCACCAGGGAACCGUGUAACAAGCUUUAGCACGCCUGCACGAGCACCUGCGGCGCCGCAGCCCACCUUGACCACAGAGUACACACCGCGUGAACGAGUUGGUGUCACCAAACUGACUUCGACACAUGCUUCGUCCACCACUCCUCUUCCUGCCCUUUCUGCUGCCUCAGGCACUAUAACAACCCAAAAUCCAGGCGAUAGCGAGCAGCAGGUAGCCGAUGCGGGGCCUGACCCCUUGACUCUACCUCCCGCAAAAGCACCUCCUUCACAUCCAACCAUUAACCCGGAUGCGCCUGGCACAUUCGACAAUCGUUCCAUUCUGGAAGUAGAUCUGAAUGCGCUAGCAGAGAAGCCAUGGAGGCGGCCAGGGUCCGACUUGAGCGACUGGUUCAACUACGGAUUUGAUGAGCUUUCGUGGGAGGCGUAUUGCUAUCGGCGGAGAGAGCUGGGCGAAGUUGCAAACGUACUGAAAGCCAAUGUCCUGACUUUUGCAGGAAUGCCUGAAGAGCAGCUAUCCUCUUUACCCCCGGAGAUCCGUACUAUGGUCAUUGCAGGUGCUACGGCCAUGAUGGCAGGCGGCGGCGGGGGACCCAACGCUGGAGGAAUGAUGGCUCCUGGUGGGGGCAUGAACAUGAAUGGGGGAGCACUCAUGAGCCAGAUGAUGAACAUGGGCUCAAUGAUGAACCCGAUGAUGCAGGACAUGGGCAUGAGUGUUGGUGCGGGGAUGGGCAUGAAUGGUGAGAUGGGCAUAGGUAUGGGUGGCGGAGGGCCAGGUAUGCAGAUGGGCGCGGGCGCGCAAGGCAUGGGUGGGGCAGGACCAGGCCCAGGGAUGAUGCAGGACAGUCCAGGACCAGGCGUAAUGGGUGGUGUACCUCAGGGUAGCCCGGAGGGUCAGAUAAGUAUGGGUGAAGGCUUCGGGCCAGGUGGAUCGGUGCCUGGACAAGGGAUGAUGGGUAUGGGGGGAGAAUUUGGGAUGCAGCAGGAUCCGACGUCAAUGGGUCAGCAGAUGUAUCCUGGCAUAGAAGGCAGUACUACACCAGUUGCUGCACCUACGCCCAGUCGCGGAGGGCCCCCUCCAGGACAAUUCAGGGGACGCCCUAUGCCCCAAGGCAUGAGAGGACGGGGAGCUUAUUCAGGUCGUGGGAGACCAUUACCAGUGCGCCCCGCGUCGCCAUUACCUCCAAACGUGCCCACAGGUCCCCGUAAUAAGAACAAGUACAAGGACAUCGAUGGUAGUGCGCCGGCCGUGGAUGGUCUCGAUUAUGGGGGUGGAGGCGGGAUAAAAGAAGGCGGAAGGGGAACCCCAGAUGUAGAUGAAAGAAGCAGUAGAAACGAAGGAGCUCUCCAGGGCUCGAUGAAGGCAGGGGCCCAAAACGAAGAUAGUCCCUGA